AUGAAGUUCAAAGAUCAACUUGCCUUGAACCCACUGUCCAUUAUCGCAGCCCUAUUUCUAGUUCUAACCAGGAAUACAGAAGCUGCCCAGUGUACAGCAAAUCAGAUUUCAUCCUUAUCGGUGAAUGGCUGUGAUUGUCAAAAAUCCGGUGUUCCUGUGAAAUGUCCCUUAUUGGCGCCGCAGUGUGGUUUGCCACCGACUCUUGCUGUACCAAUCAACCAAUACAAUGGGGGUCAGGUCUUGUGGGGUGAAGGCUGUAUCGACGCUAAUUUUGGAUGUGAUGGUUGCUAUUUGUGGUAUGGCUCUCUGUGCGAGUGUCUAAAGCACCCUGGGGGUUGUACUCGUACUCAGCCAGUAGUAGCGGGAAACCCAAUAUGGGCCCUACUAUCAAAUACGGCACUCCGCGGGUUGAUCACUACAUCACAGAAACUGCCUGGAAUCCUGCAAUUGAAUCAAGCGCCUGAACCAGACAAAGGCUGGCAACUCGGACAGGAAACACUCAAACACCCUGAUAAAGCCGUGAAAUAUACGAGGGAGAGAGGAGCUCUAGCUAUGAACUCGGUUGCCACGCGAACCGAGGAGCAAAUUCACAUCCAUGUGUGUGACAACCCAACUAGCAAUCUUCGGCGUGACUUAUCAAAACUGCUACGAUCCGGUUAUGCAAAUUUGGCGCCAGUUCCGGGCUAUUCAAUGUGGUGUCAGGUAGCUCCAUUCUCCGGUACCAACAUUAACGUGGCAGCAAGGAUAUUUGACUAUCUGGCGACCAUUCCUCAUCUUGCGGCUAGCUGUGACAAGUACAAAAUCGGAGCUGGGCUUAUUACCGAUGCCAAUGAUUACUCUUGGGCGUGUGUUACUACCGGCGAUGCAUCGGCAGAGGAACUUUUCUGUCAUUUCCCUUAA